AUGCCGAACGGUCAGCCACAUCACCAUACUCUUGCCGAACGGUCAGUCACAUCACCAUACUCUGUAAAUCAUCAGACUCUACAUCGGAGUGGACCGAGCUCUAAUAUCAGCGAUGGUGUUAUAGGCUGA